AUGAGUAGGAGUAGCCACACGCCCCAAAAGGAGGAGCCGCCAGAAGAGGUAGUGGAUGUUGACAAUCCCAAUGCACGGGUCCCGACAAGUGAACCACCGAUGAUUACUUUCCCUUUUGAUGGGAUGCAAUUUGAGGACGUUGCUGAGGUUGAAAAGAAGCUAAGCUCGCAACCAUUCAAGCGUGCCCUCGUCACCGGAUCAAAAACGCUGAACAAGCACAUUAAACAGGCUCCUUUCUAUCAUAAAGACCAGCAGGGGCUGAUGAAGGAUGACAUGCUAGCCGACAACUUGUUCUGUUUCGUCAGGAACUGGAUGGGUCGCUUUGGUUUUCCUUCCAAAGUCUUAUGGCUCGAACCCUACUUCUGGUGGCAACUGAACGAUCCUGAGUUAAGGCCUCGGGCAGUUGAUCGAUGGGUUUCUGGGUUUGAUUUGAUUUCAGAAAAAUUCCUGCUUGUUCAGUUUCUCCUAGAUGUUGGAGAUGGGCUAAGGACGUCCGAGUCAUGUGGGCUCAACAUUGUUUCUCGAACGGAUAUUGAAUCAACCAUCGACAUUGAAGAAGCUCGUGCCGAUUUAGUAAGUGGCAAUCGUAUCCUGUUACUGUACCGUUUCAAUCCGACCACUCAUCUUCCUUCAGUUUCGGAGCAACGUGAAGGUUCCCUUGACUGCUUGUUGCACACUCUCGACAACACUGUUUCGGCAUGCAAGCUUGUAGACAAACUGGAGAAAGAUGACGAUUUGAUGCCUUAUUCUUUUGAAAUGGCAGCUAACUCUUCCUUUGGUUGUAAGCAAGUUGACAAGAGGAUCAACUCAAUGAGACGAGAGAUCACCACUUUGGCAUCGGAGUUGUUCAAAGUCAAAUCAGCAAAGAAGCCUGUUCCUCUCUCUCGCCCUCCUUUGAGGGUCGCAGAUGGCAACAGCAAGAAAAAGCUUCACAUUCCAAAGAAAGAACGUAAACAACCAAAUGAUCACCCACGUCUCCACGAACUGGGAGCUUAUUCCGUGCCCCAACGACAAUUCCAGAGAAGCAAAGAAACAACGAAAACGAAAGCAGAAGAUGAUCUCCGCUACGGGUCAACAAUAGGAACAAAUCCAGGAAGAAGAAAGGAGAGCGUCCAACACUGCCGCAACAUCAAUUAG